GGUUCUGCGCACGUGGGAUUCCCCGGGUCGGAAUUGCUGCGGCCGCUGAUUCUUAGUCGAGAUGGGCAAGAAGGGGAAAAUCGGAAAGAGCCGAAGAGACAAGUUUUAUCACCUGGCCAAAGAGACUGGGUUUCGCUCCCGUUCUUCUUUUAAGUUGAUCCAGUUGAAUCGCAAAUUCCAAUUCCUCCCAAAGUCACGGGCCUUGCUGGAUCUGUGUGCCGCUCCCGGAGGAUGGCUUCAGGUGGCCUCAAAAUUUAUGCCAGUGUCCAGUCUUAUUGUCGGGGUUGAUCUGGUCCCCAUCAAGCCCAUCCCUAAUGUGGUAACAAUGCAGGAAGACAUCACUACUGAGAAGUGUCGCCAGGCCUUGCGGAAGGAGCUGAAGACGUGGAAAGUAGAUGUUGUGUUGAAUGAUGGGGCUCCCAAUGUAGGUGCCAGUUGGGUACACGAUGCCUUUACUCAAGCAAACCUUACACUGUCAGCCCUGAAACUGGCCUGUGACUUCUUGUCUAAGGGCGGCUGGUUCAUCACCAAGGUCUUCCGUUCCCGGGAUUACCAGCCCCUUCUGUGGAUCUUUCAGCAGCUGUUCCAUAAAGUACAAGCCACCAAGCCACAAGCCUCCCGUAAUGAGUCAGCUGAGAUCUUUGUCGUCUGUCAGGGCUACUUGGCUCCAGAUAAAAUUGACAAUAAAUUCUUUGACCCCAAGUUUGCUUUCAAAGAAGUGGAGGUGCAGGCCAAGUCUGUGAGUGAAUUGGUGACCAAAAGGAAGCCAAAGGCUGAAGGAUAUGAAGAUGGAGCCACAAUUCUUUAUAACCGCUGCAGCCUGACAGAUUUUCUAAAAUCUUCCAACCCAGUGGACUUCUUAGCCAAAGCCAGUGAGAUUGUCUUUGACAAUGAAGACUUGGAACAUCACAGUGCAACAAGUGAGGAAGUGCGCCAUUGUUGUCAAGACAUCCGAGUUCUUGGACGUAAGGAACUCCGGGCCCUGCUGAAUUGGAGAACAAAACUGAGGCGGUUUCUGGUGAAGAAGCGGAAAGAACAAGCUAAGGAAAUAGAUAUCAAUUUAAGUUCUGGUGAGGAAGAAGAAGGAGAGGAAGAAGUGCAACCCAAGCAGACAGCUCCAGAAAUUCAAAGGACAGAAGAAGAAAAAGAGGCUGAAGAAUUGGAAUUACAACUUGCUCAGCAAAAAGCUGAGGAGAUAGCUGAACUAAAGCGGAAAAAACGUAAAAUUCUGCGUGAGCGCAGACGCCAAAGAGAACGUGUUGAACUGAAGAUGGAUCUUCCGGGUGUUUCUGUUGCAGAUGAUGGGGACACCGGGAUGUUCUCUCUCAGAGCAGUUGGCAAAAACCAGCUACUGCAUGAGUUGGUCCAAGGUGACAUGGCAGCUGCAGAUGCUUUUGUGGAAUCAUCUACCAAUGCUGACAACGACUUCUCUCUCUCAGAAGAAGGAGGCUCUGAUGAUGAUGUCUCCUUGGCCAGUGACUUGGAUGAUGAUGAGCUGGCAGAGAUUGAGGAGCGGGCCAAGCAAUUGAAGCAGGCCUGUGUCUCAGAAAAAAUUGCCUCUGAAGAUGAAAUGGAAGAAGACAAUGCUGAAGGAGGAAAUCCUCUGUUAGUGCCACUGGAGGACAAGGAAGAGCGUGAGCAACAUCGGAUGAGCUUAUGGUUUGGCAAAGAGGCUUUUGCUGGAAUUGAUGAUAAUGCUGAUGAAGCACUAGAGAUCGGGCAAGCACAAGUCCUAUCCCAGAACCGGGCAGAACACCCACCAGUCUCAAAGAAGAACAAGAGGCAAAAGAAGUUGCUACAACAUGAAACUGUGCCUGAAUCUAUGAACAGGGAAAGUCUUGAACCUGAAGGAGCAAAAGAUUCAUCUGAAAUGGUGUCCUCUGAGGGAGAGGAGAGUGACAGUAGCGAUGAAGACAGGGAAUUGUCAGCUUCCCAGGCAGGAAUAAAACGUCUGCGAGAGGGCCAAAGUGGUAUUGAGGUGGUCCCCAUUAUAGAUCCAGUGAAGCGAGCUCGGGUUCUGAACCCUGAAGGACUGGCAUUAGGAGCAGUCAUUGCCACUUCCCGCAAGGCCAAGAGAAACUUAAUUGAUGAAUCUUUCAACAGGUAUACUUUCAACGAGGAAGAAGGGGAACUACCUGAAUGGUUUGUGCAAGAAGAGCACCAGCACCGGCGCAAACCACUGCCUGUGGACCCUCAGACUGUGGAGGAGAACCGCCAGCGUUGGCGGGAAAUUAAUGCUCGGCCCAUCAAGAAAGUAGCAGAAGCUAAGGCCCGCAAAAAACGACGAAUGUUGAAGAAACUGGAGCAGAUGAAGAAAAAAGCAGAAUCUGUGGUGAAUACUGUAGAUAUCUCAGAGCGUGAAAAGACUGCCCAGUUACGCAGUAUCUACAAGAAAGCAGGUAUAGGGAAUGAAAAAAGGCAGGUGACUUACGUCGUGGCCAAGAAAGGUGGAGGGCGGAAGGUUCGACGCCCUGCUGGAGUCAAGGGCCAUUUCAAAGUGGUGGACAGACGUCUCAAGAAGGACAUGAGAUCACAAAAACACAAGGAACAGAAACCAAGACGCAAGAAGCAGAAGUAAAAUUGUCAUAACUUAAUUAUUUUGUGACUAGGAUGGGCUCUUUUGACUCUAGUCCUUAUCCUACAAACUGCUUUUUUGCCAUUCAGCCAUUAAUAAUGUAAGUUGCAUAAAGGUGGACAUGUGACGCUUAUGCCCUUCAGGGCUGUCUUUUUUUCGAGAUUUUGUAAUUAUUUGUGUUUUAUUAAACUCUUUUUUCCUGAAAAAAAA